CGCAAGUCGCAACAUUAGCCCGUAGCCGUCGUCGUAGAAGGCAAAUGGCAACAUUAGCCGUCAUGCCAUAUUGCCAUAAUAAAAUAAGAAUAAGAAGAAUUGUAAGUAAACAUCUGCUGAAAGCACAAACCGUGCAUGCCAUAAAAAAGAAAGAAGAAGAAGUAAACAUCUGAAUACUUUGGAUUUGGACACACACACCAGAUAUUGGAGCCAAGCCAUCACCUCUGAAGAAAUCUAAUCUAAAUAUGCCAGAUAAAUGUGCAGUUCCAUUAUGUUCUUAUAUUGUAGGAGGAGGGCAUUAUUUUCCGAAAGACAGCAACGUAUUGGAACAGUGGCUUAAGGCGAUUCGGAGGGAAAACUUUUAUCCCUCAAACUACUCGCGUAUUUGUAGAAAACAUUUUCAGCCUAAAGAUUACAUGAUUCCGAUGAAUCUUUGCCCUAGGCUAAAACAAGGAGCGGUGCCUAGUCGAUUCCCGUGGGACAAAGAUUGGGUAGAAAAUGAGGCAACCAGAAGAAAGCGCGAGAUGAGGAUUUAUCAGCGACAAAAGAAACAAGAGUUUUCUCUAGAAAAUAAGUUGCAAAAAAAUAAAAGAAUCGUAAGUCUCCACUUUCAUCACUAUAAAUAAUUGUUUCAUAUACUCACAUCAUUAGCCUAGCCCCGAAGUUAGUUCUGUAUUAUUUUUCUUUCAUUUCUUGCUUUUUUAAUUUAAGUUUUGACUCCAUAAACCAGGAGUACCUGCUAUUUGAGGAGUUUUGGCACAGAGAUUAACUUGAUAAAAGAAAAGUUAGGUUUUUCUUAAGGGAUCCUUUCCAUAAUAUUACUGGAUUGAAAUGAAACCCAAAACCAAAAUGAAAGCAGGAGUCGGUCAUGAGAAUACUUUACGGAUAGGUGGUGGGCCCAAUAAACUCGUAUCUUCAAGCAAACUUGACCAAAGAUUGCAAAGUAUUAUUGGAAAAGCUUUAAAAGGAUUGCAUACAGUGGGCGUAACUUUUCCAAUCAAGGAUACUACUCCAUCUUCAUCUUUGAAAGUAUCAGAUAGGACUAGUCUAUCUAAUCCUUCCACCUGCACACAACCGAUGGAGGAAGAGGGGCUCGAUGACACAAUAUAUGAUGAAACUAGGCCUCAGAUACCACUGGCUGCAGAUAUACAGACAAUAUCUGUCCUAUGCCCAUCUAAUCCUUCUGCCUUCUGCACACAAACCAGAAAUCCAAUUGAAUCAUUUUUAGAAAAUAAAAUCAAGGGAGAGUGUGUUAACGAUACACUACAAAAUGCAAUUCUUCCUCAAACACUACCUGUUCCAGCACAGUCAACAUGUAUCUUUACCCCAUCUGCUUCGAUAAGAACACAACCCAGAAAUCCAAUUGGAUCAUUUUUAGAAGUAAAUAUCAAGGAAGAGUGGCGUGAUGAUGCACUAAAUAAUGCUCCUCUCCUUCAGACACCUGUUUCAGCACAGUCAACAUUUAUCCAACACCCAUCUUGUACCUCCUCAAGCACACAACCCAGCAAUCCAAUUGAAAUAUUACCAGAAGAAAAAAUUAAAGAAGAGCAUCAGAACUUCUCUAUACAGAAUGCACCCCUUCCUCAGAACAAAGAAUGUUAUGUAGACAAAAACAUACCCACUCUAGUACAGCCCACUAUUUCUGUUGAUUUGGAAAUGAGGAAAAGUCAAAAUCUGGAAGAUGGUAUACCAAAAUGGGCACGACAAUUGGAGGACAGGCGUAUAGCUGCUGAAAAGCGUAUAAACCUGCGAAUAAAUUCUUUAGCUGAAAAAGUCGAAAAGAUUACCAAUAUUUUAGAAGAAAUAGCUAAGAACACAAGACGGGAUCGAUGAUAUAUUAUUUAAGUACUUCAGUUCUUUAGAAAACUAUCUUUGGUUCUUUUUCUAUGUUAGAACAGUGUUGAGUAGCGGCGCUUAAUGGCAAAUACCUACAAACUUGAGCAAUUGCCUAAAAUCUCAGUAAUUAUGAUAAUUUCUAACUUUUCUGUAGUAGUUACUAACAGCUUAAAAAGCAAUAUGUGGCAAUAUUCAUUUAUUUCGAUUUUUUUAUUAUAUCCACAAACCACGUUAAAUUAUACAAAAAUAAAAUAUUAACAUUUU